AUGUUUGUGAAUCAAGUGAAUCACUGCAUUCUCUACGGCUGUGACCUCCUCAAAGAGAACCUAGGAAGAGUUAUAGGAAACGGUCAGACAACGAGAGUGUGGAAAGAUUCAUGGAUUAGUCUUGACUCAAACAGCAAACCAUUUGGCCCUGUCCAUGAAUCGGCUUUGGAUUUUCGUGUCUCAGAUCUCCUAACCUCUGAUCUCCAAUGGAAUAAAAAGAGAAUAGAGGAAAUCUUACCAGAUUUCUCGCAGCAAAUCCAGUGUCUGAAGCCAAGCCUCACAGGAGCAGAAGACUCUUAUGUGUGGCACCCACUCCAGUCGGGAGUAUACUCAACGAAGUCGGGGUACAAUUCCAAAGCAGCCUCUUUGCUGCCAAUGCCUCUGGGCCAUGCUGCCGAACCAAACCAGAACCUGGAGUUCAAAUGGGUAAAAGAUGUUUGGUCAGGGAAGUUCUCUCCUAAGCUCAGAGUUUUCUUAUGGUCAAUCAUUCAAAAUGCGUUACCUCUUGGAGAAAACUUACAACGUCGAGGAGUAACUGCUGAUGCUCUAUGCCCUCGUUGUAAAGAAACAGAGACAGCUAUGCAUACUUUCUUCCUCUGCCCUUUCGCUAAAGAAGUUUGGAGACAAAUCCCCCUAUCAACACCAGUUCACCUAGCUGAGGAGACAAACUUCAAACAAGUAGUGGUACUAGCCAGGAGCUUCAAAUGCCUUCCGCCAACAGGAAUCAAACACAGUAUCCUCCCUUGGGUCUGUUGGAUGAUCUGGACGGCUCGCAACCGGCUCAUCUUCGAAGAUAAAACGGCGCAACCGAUGGAAAUCGCGACAAAAGCGCUAGUGGCAGCUCGUGAAUGGGAUAUCGCUCAGGACACUAAGGAGAAACCCCUCGCACCAGAUCAAGAACAUCGAAGCCACCGACGCCCACAGCAACCCCCGCCAUCGACGAUCACUUGUAACAUUGAUGCCGCUUGGGAUUCAUCCACCAGGAGAGCUGGACUAGCGUGGCUGAUUAAGGAUACGGCCUCUAACAUCCAGGAGUCAGGAUCACAGACAAUCGAUAGCGUCGCCUCACCCCUAGUGGCAGAAGCACUAGCUCUUCGCCUAGGACUCCAGACCGCAGCAUCGAAAGGAAUCUCAGAGAUUCUCUUUCUCUCCGACUGCUCAACGCUCAUCAGAGCUAUCUCAAGCAACUCCCAGAUCAAGGAGAUCUUUGGUAUCCUCAAAGAUAUCAACCAAAUCUCUUCUGCCUUUGCAUGUUCUCGUUUCUCCCACAUCUCUCGUUCUCAGAACAGAGACGCGGAUUUCAUCGCUAAACAGGCCCUUAGGGCUUUUCGUUUUUCUGCUUCUGUUGUAACCCAGUGA